CUUGAUUCAUUAGGUUCCUUCAGUUCCUUGGCCUUCGUAGAUGACCGACUGGUAAUUGGUAUUGGGUUAGACGCAUUAUUGGCUAUUGCAUGUCUACUGGUAUUCCGUAUCCAACGUACGAUCUGCUUGACGCUUGUGAUUUCAUUGUUCGUUCUGCGUUCCCCCGUCGUAACAACUACCACGAUCUCGGAUUUCUGCCGACGUUUUGAUAACUGAAAUCUCCCGCGGGUUUACACCGUAGUUGUUCGUUUAUCGUUACAGUUUUUCAUCAGCUGCUCGUGCGCCGCGGCUGUCCACUCGGCGGUUCUCCUAGAAAUUCAUAUUGUGUGCAUUCCUUCGACACUCCGUCUGAUUCGGACAAUACAAAAAUGUCUGGUAUUGCAUUAACUCGAUUAUCAGAAGAACGUAAAGGAUGGAGGAAAGAUCAUCCAUUUGGUUUUGUCGCUAAACCAGGCAAGAAUCCAGAUGGUUCUUUAAACCUUAUGGUAUGGGAAUGCUAUAUACCUGGAAGAAAGAGUGUAAGUAUUAUUAACAUUUUUAUUUAAUUUUAUACCUGUGUCUGAUUA